UGAGCCGAGGCAAAGUAAAGCUCUUCAUGACUGGACUCUCAAAGCGCAUACAGACAGAUUUUGGUGUUGUUGUGCCAUACAGCCCCGACGUCCUGACUGUUCAAAUGCCAAGAAUCUACUCUGGCACCCUCUGUGGCCUGUGUGGGAACUUUAAUGCUAAUCCAGAAGACGAUCUGAUGAUGAUUCUGAUAUCUCUCAGGCCAUUGCACACUGGCAAACCAGCAGUGAAUGUGUGACUGUGCCUAAUAACACCACAGUUUGCAAUUCACACAAUAUGGCUCUUUAUCAGGGAGAGGAUUUCUGUGGAAGGUUACUGGAUUCAGAGGGAGAGUUUCAGAGCUGCCAUAAAACCGUAGAUCCACAAGAUUUCUAUGAUGAUCUCUGUUAUGGUAACCAGACGACACUGUGCCAAAUUCUGUCCAGUUAUGUGGCUGUGUGUCAAGAAACGGGCGCUGUAGUGGAUGAAUGGAGGGCCUCCGACUUUUGUAAUCUCACCUGUCCACCUAACAGUGAAUAUCAACUGUGCUCCAGUCACAUCUCUGACUGUGUCGAAAACCCAAGUCCUCUAGCAGAGACAUGCAAAGAGGGCUGUUUCUGCAGACCUGGGUUUUUCCAUAGUGGUGGCAAAUGUGUACCCGACUCUGAGUGUGGCUGCAUUUACAAUGGAAUCUACCAUGAAAUUCAUGAGAACUUCCUCCCUGAUGAGCGCUGUCAGCUGCACUGUGUCUGUGUGGGCCACAACAAGGUGCAGUGCGCCAACAGCACGUGUCCAAAUGGAACAAAAUGUGGCAUCCAAGAGGGUUACAGGGCAUGUCACGCAUCACAGCCUGUUAAAUGCACAGUCAUGGGUGGAAGACACUUCAGGAACUACGAUGGACAAAACUUUGACUUUAAUAUGGGAAACUGCAGUUAUGUUCUCUCCCAGGUUUGUGAUGAGGAAGGAUCUGAACCAGUUGUUGCUCUUCAGAAAGGAGAGCUGCACCUGAGGGUCCAUGGAGUAAACCUAUCAUUGGAGAUGGAGCAUUUAGGCAAAGUAAAAAUCGACGGUGCUCUGCGGAGUCUUCCUGUCCAACUGGAUCAUGUAAAAAUACUACAUUCUGGCCUGCUGACUCGAGUUGUUGUCGACACUGGGGUUGUUGUUGUGAUGGAAAUUCAUCUUGAGAUUUGAAAUAAUGAAAUUCUCAGACUGGAGUUGCCUUUGAGUCUUUUUAAUAGUAAACUCUGCAGAGGUUACACAAC